AUGGCUAAGAGGCUCGCGGUCUACGGAAGUGCCCCCACCGAUCCUUGGAAAACAAACAAUGUCAAAGUCCUCUUAGUGACUGCCUUCAUUGCCACCGCGGCUAUCAUCAUAUUAUGCCUUUACCUUUUCUCCGAGAAGAGGCGCAAGAAGCGCAUUGAGCGGAAAAGUGGCACACAGGCCGAUGCAAACGGUGACGAAGAAGCACCUGCUCCGGAGCCGGAGGCGGAAGCACCCGCGGAAGAAGAACCCAAAGAAGAAGAAGAGGAGGAGGAGGAGGAGACCAAGGCAAGUACUUGGAUACAACAACUCAUUGAGAGCAAUAUUAACGGGUACAAACAGGAAGAUGAAGCACCGAAUGAGAGCCAGAAUAUGAGGAUCCUUAGGGCUAUUGCACCACCAUCAGCGCGCCGUGCGGUAGAUACCAUAGCCAUGCUAGAGAACAUGAUGCGCAACCCAGACAGAGAGAGAGAAUGGAUGACCUUUUCGACUGGGUCAUAUUUUCGGGCUGGUUAG